AUGGCGCGCGGCAAGAAGCCCAAGAACCGCAAGGAGGUGGCCCUCCAAGAUGUGGGCAAGGAGGUGGCCCUGCAAGAUGUGGUCGUCAUUUACCCAUCUCUUCACGAGGAUGUCGUGGCAGCACUGUCCGGAGAGCCCAUCUACCCGACACCGUGGUUCAACGCACCUGGAGCGGAGGAGGCCAACAAGAAAUACGAUACCAACGUCAUGGGCGGAUUUUCAUGCUGCAACGAAAAAUGCUCAAAGAAGGGCUGGGGUAGCAAGAGAGUCGGCAUUCACAUCCAAGGAUUCUCGAACAACGGCUACAAUGCUCUCGUGUUCAGGCAGCGCUGCAAAGCCUGCAAUCAGCUGGGCAUUCUAGAAGUGGACGAGGCGUCAUAUAUUGAGAGGGUCGCCUACCGACUCAAGAAGUGGGCCGGUGUUGCCACGACGAGGCCUGCGUACGAUCCAAAGGGGGGGCUUCCGCACCUGAGACAUCUAUGCGAGGGCUGCAAACGGGGGUACUGCACUGCCGGCUCGCAAGACUAUUAG